UUGUCUUGUGAUCCUGUUUUCAGGGCCUCAGUGGUCUGGAUGGGUUACUCGGGGUUGAAGGAAAUCCUGGAGAUCCAGGUGACGUAGGUUUCAGAGGAGCUCCUGCGAAACCUGGCAGCACUGGCAAAAUGGGAAAACCUGGAUCUCCUGGGGUCAGAGGAAGCAGUGGAGCACCAGGGUUUAAGGGUAAAUCUGGAUUCAAAGGAAAACAAGGACCACCUGGACCAAUGGGGCCAAAGGGUCUUCCAGGACUGAGAGGAGAGAAGGGAGAGUCUUCAAUCUCUGGUCUGAAGGGUCUCCCAGGUGAAAUGGGAAUAUUUGGAGCAGUCGGGCCAUCUGGGCUAAAGGGGAAUCCUGGUCUGCAGGGGCUGAAGGGUCGAAUAGGCCAUAAAGGAAAGCAGGGAGAGGCCGGUCCUCGGGGUCCACACGGGCGUAAAGGCAUCCUCGGACUCCCUGGCCAGCUUGGGAAGAAGGGAAUGAAAGGAGUCGAAGGAGGGAGAGGACCAAAGGGAGUGAGAGGCAAGCCAGGACCUCCAGGGAAGCCAGGAGCACCAGGCAUCAAACGCAGGCCUUCACAAAGACGGGGAUCGAAGCCUGAACUCAGACCGGGUCGUCAGAGACCCAAAACAGCACGCAUUAAAAGAUUAAUACCUGAAAACGUGCCGCGGUUCAGACUAACACCGGCCCUCCUGAAGGGGUCCAGGCUGCUGUCCAGGAGAUGGUCUGAGGAGGAAGAGGAGGAGGAAGAGGAUUCGUUCAGCUGGCCUCAGGGAACCAAAGAGGAUCCUGCCACCUCCUGCUACGAGCUGGGUCUCAUACACCCUCACCUGAGCGAUGGUUUCUUUUACAUGGACCCCAACCAAGGCUGUCCGCACGACUCUGUGAGGGUUUUCUGUAACUUCACAGCAGGAGGGGCGACAUGCAUCGAGCCUCUACCCUCACAGAUUAAAUUAAGUUGGAAAUCAAAGAAGAAGAAUGCACCUGUCCAAUGGCUCAGUCAGCAGCACGCUGGGAACAAGUUUGAGUAUGUUGGACUGGAUGUGGUCCAGCUGAGGUUCCUGCGGCUGCACAGCCUCUCGUCCUCACAGCUCCUGACGCUCCGCUGCUCAGAGAACAGCUCCAGAUCUGCAGGAGACACAUCGUCAGCUGAUCACAUGCUGGGAGACACAUCGUCAGCUGAUCACCUGCUGGGAGACACACCGUCAGCUGAUCACCUGCUGGGAGACACACCGUCAGCUGAUCACCUGGUGGGAGACACACCGUCAGCUGAUCACAUGGUGGGAGACACACCGUCAGCUGAUCACAUGGUGGGAGACACACCGUCAGCUGAUCACCUGGUGGGAGACACAUCGUCAGCUGAUAAAAUGCUUCACCUGCUGGGAGACUCCGGCACAGAAAUCCCUUCCCACUUCACCUCCGUGUCCAGGAGAGGCUGUGAG